CUCACUGUCACCACACAUUUGGACAGAGAUAUAAUCUUUGGCCUCAAACUCUCAAAUCUUACAAGGUUUAGUUUCAGUCAUAUGUUAAAUAAAAUUCAAGACUUCUAGUCAGCUAAUGAUGGACCUGAAACUGUGGCUCUCAAUUCUGAUGGUUUGUGGGAUGGCUGAAUCUCUAAUCUGGGGCAAGGACUGGCUCAUAAAUGUGCCAUCAAGAAUCCCUGUUCUUCAUAGCUCAUGUGUGGUCGUUCCCUGUGUAUAUAUGUAUCCCAAGACAAAUAAAGUAUUGAACAGAUGGCGGGGAUUCUGGAAGAGAGGGGACACGAUCGUCGCAUCAAAUUUCCUCAAUUUGAGACUAACGGAUGAGUUCCACAAACGAUCCAGAAUUACAGGAACCCUUCAAACCGGCAACUGCACCUGGCAGCUGUAUGGCAUCAGAGAAACCGACACUGGUCCGUUUUACUUAAGAAUUGAAAUUCCACAACAUAAAAGCUACAGUUUCGUACAAAAUAAGGUGACCCUCAACAUCUUCCGAGUUCCUAAGCCUCCCGUGAUGUCUAUAGAAAUCAGUAAUACAGUGACUGCCACCUGCAAAGUUACUCAUGUCUGUCCAGUCUCUCCUCCCACAUUCUCCUGGAGCCACAACGGAAGAAGGAAAACGCAGUCAAAAAAGCUGAAUUAUUGGUUGUGGUCAACAACGUCGACCCUCACCUUUACCCCUCAAGAAACUGAUUACAACAUGCCUUUAAACUGUACGGUGAGAUUCCCUGGCGGUAAGACUACAGAGGGCUCUGUGGUUCUCAGGUAGAGCACCAAGUAAAUCUAAAUAUGGAGUACUAAAUUAGAGCAAUAAUUUUAGAGCUACCUGCCAUAAUGUGUGAUUUUGCAGAAAAAUGCCAGAAUUAGUAAAACUAGAAAAAUGAAAAAUUUAUAGAGACAUAUUCUUAUUGUUGCAUGCUUUGAUUCAUAUCACCUUUUGGGUUUAACUUUACCUAAAUCUCUUGAUUAUGUGUUAGAGGCAAAAAAGUUAGGAUUCAUUUUUUAAACCUUUAAUGAUUUUCCAAUAGGAUUUGUGGAUUAAUUUUGUUUAGCUGUUUUUCUUUCUUUUCCUCUUCAUCAACUGUAAAAUCAUACUCAUGAGUAUAAACAUACAUCAUACUCCAAUGUCCCCAAGUUAUCCUGUUGGUUUGUAUUAAAUCUUUCAUCAAAGAUUAUAACCUUGGUGUGUUUUUUAUCUCUUUAUCUCUCAGUAGGAGUGUAACCGGUAAACUUUUUAUGGAUGCAAACUCAACUAAAAACCAACCUGUCUAGGAUUUAAAACAUAAU